AUGUCUUAUUGCGAGACCAAAUUCAAGACCGCUGAUGGCAUCGAACUAUAUGGGCAAGUGUAUGCGGCGACACAGGAAGGCCCAGGGGCAGGAUUGGUACUGUGCCCCGGUUUCAAUUGUGUCCUAUCGAUGAUGAAUCUGCCUGGAUGCGCUGCCGCCCUCCAGGAAAACAAUAUUACGGUUCUCCUCUAUGAUCCCCGGGGCAUCGGCGCAAGCGGCGGCUCGCCUAGGAAUGAUAUUGACCCUCCACAGUAUGUUUCAGACAUGAGCGAUGCUCUGACAUACUUACUCACGCUGCCGUCGGUGGACCCUAUGCUUGCCGGUGUCUUUGGCUUCUCUUUCGGUGGCAGCAUAGCACUAACGAUGGUGUCAAUCGAUCCCCGGUGUCGCUUUGUCAUCGCCGCAGCGCCGCUAACAGAUCUGGACUUCAUAUCACCGUCGCAGAGGACACGGGUACUACACAAAUGCGCGCAGGAUAAGGAGUCGCAGGUCAGGGGAAAUGCGGCCUUCACCGUUCCACUCGUGAACGAGCGCGGCGAGAACGCAGUGGGCUUUGGCCACGGCGUUGACACGGAGCAAUACGCGCGUCUUAUCAAGAGCGGCCGCGAGAUCGCACCCGGCCAUUUAAAUCGUGUCACGCUCAUGACCUAUUACAAGAUCGCUCAGUGGACCCCGUGGCCGCUGUGGAAGCAACUGGGCACUGGUGAUAAUGGCAACGCAAAAAGUGGGCUUCGGGGCGCAUUGUUUGUCGUUCCUGCAGAGGAUACUAUGAGCCACGCUGCCAUGCAGAGGAAGUACUUUUAUGACGUGGAUGGCGGCCCUGGAUUUUACAAGAACAAGAUAGAGGUAGAAGGCUCGGGGCACGAAGAACUUUUUACGGGGGCGAACCUGAACACUGUGGUAAACGGAGUUGUAGGAUUCAUAGGACAUAUCUCCCAGGAUACUAAUUUUGGUGGCUGUUCCGAUUAG